CGCUUCCGACGGAAGCGACCUUUUAGGAUCCACUUGGGAUGGAAGGUCAGGAUGAUGCACGGGGCGGAGGCGCUGCCAAGUCGGCCACUGUACUAUUUGAUGCAUCCAAGAAGGAGCAGUUCUACCCGACUAGUGGGCUCAAGAAGCUCGCGCGUAAGCUCAAGCCGUUAUGUCGCGUGGAUGUCAAUAAGGACGACUUGUCCCGAGACCGGAUAAAGGAUGCUAGUGUGCUCGUUUUCGCCGGUGUGCGCGAACGCUUCAGCUCCACUGAGUUUGCUACCCUCAAGGACUUUUUGAACAGUGGUGGCAGCAUCCUCCUCAUGCUGGGCGAGGGCGGCGAGCAGACUUUCGAUACGAAUCUCAAUGGCUGGCUCAAAGAUUUUGGCAUUUUCGUGAAUCCGGAUGCAGUUAUCCGUACAGUCUACCACAAGUAUCAUCACCCGAAAGAAGUACUCAUAUCUAGUGGAGUCGUAAACAGAGAGCUCGCGCGAAUGGUCAACGUGUUGUACGGGAGGAAAGAUCUGCUGGUGGCGGGGCGCGAGUCAAAGCCUUUAGGGCCAGGUGGGGCGCUUGAAAAGGAUCAAAAGGGGCUCACGUUUGUAUACCCUUAUGGAGCUACUUUGACGGUGAAGAAACCAGCAGCGCCUCUGUUAUCUUCCGGUUUCAUUUCGUACCCUGUUAACAGACCAGUAGUAGCUGCGUGGCAAGAAGGUGGCGUUGCAGGACCAGCAUCAAAAUCAGGGCGUCUUAUCGUGUUUGGGUCUGCCCAAUGCUUUGUGGACGAGUGGAUUGAUAAGGAAGAAAACGCAAAGCUCCAAGAGAUUAUUUUCCGAUGGUUAUUAAAGGACAAGAGCAUCAGUUUAAACCAUCAAGACGCCGAAGAUCCAGAUCUGAACGAGUACGUCCGGUUGCCAGACACUCAAGCGCUCAGUGAUCGGCUGCGAUCUUGUAUGCAAGAAAGUGAAGAUCUCCCAAAAGACUUUACAAGACUCUUUGACGACUCGCUUUUCAAGUUUGACACGUCUCUCAUCCCUGAAGCUGUGAAUUUAUAUCGUGAACUUGGCGUCAAGCACGAGCCUCUCACGUUGAUUCCACCUCAGUUCGAGUGUCCUCUGCCGCCUCUAAAGUCUGCGGUCUUUCCCCCAGCACUACGUGAACCACCGCCACCAGCACUGGACCAAUUCGAUCUGGACGAACAUUUUGCGAGUGAAUCAUUGCGACUCGCGCAGCUUACAAACAAAUGCUCGGACGACGAUCUGGAGUAUUACGUACGCGAGAGUGCCGAUAUUCUUGGUAUCUUACCGCGACUAGACCCAGAACGCAUCGAUGCCAAACACGUUCUCGAGUUUAUCUUUCAGAAGGUUGUCAACUUCAAGAAACUCAACCAAGAUACAGCUCCUGUUAUCGUCGGCCCUAGUGCUCUCAACAAUAGUGAGAGCACGAGUAAUGUCCGAGUCUCUUCACUUGCAAAUUUUGCAGAGUCUAAGGAGUCAAAAGAGGACAACGAUGAUGAAUAUGAUGCCAAGGCCUCUUCCACGCCAUGA